UUAUAAUUUCUUGCAAAACAUUAAGUAAAUGGGCAAUACCUAUCAUUUUGAUUGAGUUUGCUAUAUAUACAACCUUGGUUUCACAGUAUACAGGAAUAAUAGGUUAUAGCUGAUAUUUCAAUCCUUUGCUUCAGUAUAUAAAAUAAAUAUGUAGAAGAGAUUCCAUUAUUAUGAAGAAUUUAGGUUGCCAUUUAGCCUGUUAUUAUGAGGUUUAGGCCACAUCACUGACUAUUUAUAUAGUAAGUUAUAACCAUUUUAUGUUUUGUUUAAGGGGAGUAACAAUGGAUGUUGGCAUGACAAAGUUUGAAACCACAACCAAAGUUAUUACAUUAAUGGAUGCUCCAGGCCAUAAGGAUUUCAUUCCUAACAUGAUCACUGGAGCAGCCCAGGCGGAUGUAGCUGUUUUAGUUGUUGAUGCCAGCAGAGGAGAGUUUGAAGCUGGAUUUGAGACUGGAGGACAGACUCGAGAGCAUGGCCUUUUAGUACGAUCUCUUGGAGUGACACAGCUUGCUGUUGCUGUCAAUAAAAUGGAUCAGGUAGCUGAAAGGCUCUGUGAGAAUGUGUUUCAGAUAUUGAUUAAGAUGAUAUUCUGAUGGCUGUAGAGAUGG